GAUAAUUUAAUUAAUUUUAAUAUGAUUUUUUGUCAAAAUAUUGCAACAAAUAUUUUUUUGAAGGUUUCAAUAAAUGCAAAGCUACGUCACUUCCUCUUCUUAACUAGGUCAAUUUAUCAUGUGAGGAUCCCCCAGUAAAAGAAAAGAAACAACACGAGAUGAGCAGAAGGGAGACAAACGGCAUUGAUUUGAAUGGGCAAAACGAGGCGGAACCCGACUUGACACUGGAGCAAGCCAUUGAAGAAUAUGCUCAUGAAUAUCAGAAUAUAAACAACACCCUUGACCAGUUAGACUCUUGUCUGGACAGUAUCGAGCAGCAGAAUGACCAACUUAAUGUUAAAAUGCUAGAACUGCUACAGUCCAAUAGGCAAUUAAGACAAGAAUUGCAGACUGAGAUUGUGGCAAAACAGCAAACAGAGACAGACAUGGAAGCAGAUUCCACUGAGCAAGACUGCUCUGUAGCAAUAGACCAAAAUGCUGGGGAUGCUAACAAACAACAGGACAGUUCAGAAAAAACUGAAGAAACAUGAAUACAGUAUGUGCAGUAUCUAAAGAUAAAGAUGGGGAAAACAUUCCAUUAAGCUUUGUGGUCCUUGACUUGCAUACUAUACAUGUACUACUUAUUGAUGUGUAAUUAAGCAUGUAGCAUGUUCAACUGACAUCAGCUCGUACAGAGCUGAUCUUGUUUAAAUACCCCAUAUGCAGGGAAUCAUGCCACAGAAUAGAUUUAAUAUUGUGAUGACAGCCGGUACACACAUUGAUCUUUGGUUUGCCAAGAUGUAUAAAAAUUUAUUGCAAGCUCGCCCAGAACUGAACAUUCCUCAGUGACAGAUUUUGACAUUGACAGCUGAUAUUCAAUUCAGUGAACUGAGUUUACUCAAAAUAUGUGAUUUUGUCCAAGGCUGGUGGUCAAUUGAAACAAAUGUUUAUCACCAUGCAGUAAAUCUACCAGUACUACAUGUAACAUAGAAAUUUCAGGGAUGAGUGCAAUACUGGAUAUUUACUAUUAAACACUUAGAAGUGGUUAUUAAGACCAGUUCUUGAACUUGAAACCAAAUUUAAUACUUCUCUUUAUGUGUCAUAGCUUAGAUUUUGUUGUCAAGUACUUAUUUACACAUGUACUUUACAAAAACCUUUUGAAAGUAAAUUGAUGCAAUAGAGGCUUAGGUACAAGAUUGUUUGCUAUAUAACUACUUGCUGAGAAUGACAAUUCUGGGACCAGUGCAGUAUUGAGAAAAUUAUUUGCUGAAAUCAAUUUAGUGACAUGCAGAACUUCAAAAUGGAAAUGCCAGCAGAUUUCCUUUAGCACCAAUAUAUAACAAAAUUAAAUCUGUGAGGUUUGGUGAGUCCAUUUCCUUUUGUUUGUGUGAAGGGAAUACUUAAUAUAUUUUUGCCACUUGUGAAAGUUAUAUACAUGAGAUUUGGUCAGCAUUUUCCUCCCCAGCCUUACAGAGAGGCCCCAAAAAUUUUACGGCUAAGCCAGUCAUACCAGUACUUUAAAAGACAGGAAAAAUAAGGCAGAUUUCUAAACUUAAAUCUUGUUUUAAAUUUAUUGAACUCUGAUAUCAACAAACAUACUGUUGUAUGAAACAACUUAAUCAUGUUUUUUUGAAACCUUACCUAUAAUUUUGAUCUAUGAACUGUCAAGAGAAAA